CAGCGCGAUGACGUAAGCACGUAGUUCCGUGUCCGAGUGUGUGUGCGGAGGAUACGGCGGGUGCUGGACAGACGGACCCGUACCGGGCAUGGGGGAGCAGGACGGACCGGUACCGGGCAUGGGGGAGCAGGACGGACCGGUACCGGGCAUGGGGGAGCAGGACGGACCGGUACCGGGCAUGGGGGAGCUGGCCGGACCGGGGGUCGGGCUCUCCCGAUCGUUACAGCUCGGGCUGCUGCUGGCCGUGCUCGCUAUGGGGGUAACAGGUCAGUGUGCUGGAGGCAGGGCGAUCAACUAUCACAACUUCACCAUCACCGGGACUGACUGUGCGCUCCCUGACUGUCACUGUGCGCUCUCCCUGACUGUCACUGUGCGCUCUCCCUGACUGUCACUGUGCGCUCUCCCUGACUGUCACUGUGCGCUCUCCCUGACUGUCACUGUGUGCGCUCCCUGACUGUCGCUGUGCGCUCUCUGACUGCUCCCUGACUGUCACUGUGCGCUCUCCCUGACUGUCGCUGUGCGCUCUCUGACUGCUCCCUGACUGUCACUGUGCGCUCUCUGACUGCUCCCUGACUGUCACUGUGCGCUCUCUGACUGCUCCCUGACUGUCACUGUGCGCUCUCCCUGACUGUCGCUGUGCGCUCUCUGACUGCUCCCUGACUGUCACUGUGCGCUCUCUGACUGCUCCCUGACUGUCGCUGUGCGCUCUCCCUGACUGUCGCUGUGCGCUCUCUGACUGCUCCCUGACUGUCGCUGUGCGCUCUCUGACUGCUCCCUGACUGUCACUGUGCGCUCUCUGUCGCUGUGCGCUCUCUGACUGUCGCUGUGCGCUCUGACCCUGACUGUCGCUGUUUUCUGUGUCUGUCAGUAUGCAGUCUCUGACUGUCACUGUGCGCUCCCUGACUGUCGCGGUGCGCUCUGACCCUGACUGUCGCUGUUUUCUGUGUCUGUCAGUAUGCAGUCUCUGACUGUCACUGUGCGCUCCCUGACUGUCGCUGUGCGCUCUGACCCUGACUGUCGCUGUUUUCUGUGUCUGUCAGUAUGCAGUCUCUGACUGUCACUGUGGGUUGUCUGUCACUGUGCUGUACGUGUGUCUCUCUCCCCCACACUCUGUUAAUGUGCUGUGUUGUACGUUGUGUGUAUUGUGAAUUAAAUCAACAAAAGCACCAUGCUAAUACAUUUUAGAACACUUGCAUCGCAUGAACAUUAUGCUGGAUGGAUUGACAUUUGUAAAACUUGAACUAUGAUGUUGAUUUCUGGAUAGAAAAAUUAAAGCUAAAAUAGCCACGUUGUGAUUGCAGCCAAGUAGAAGAAUAUCCUCAAAAUGAACCAUGUUUCCCUAAAACCUACCUGGAUUUCAUUUUGCUAUGAAUUAGUGUUUAGUCAAAAGCUCUGACAAUAUCAAGCGGACAGUAAUAUUAUUAGCUGCAUUGACAAAUCUAUGCCAAGGUCGUUCAUUUUACACUGUUAAUUGAUGUAUGAGGUGAUCAUUGAAAUGGACAGGGGGUGUACACAGAGACCCCCUAAAGUGUGGUCAUCUUGUAUUCCCUGACCCCUGCAUAGUUCUAAGUGAGCAGGUUUUCUAGAGUUUGUGUUUUUAAUAUAAACAAAUCCUAGAGCAAAACUGUGUAUUUUGUAACUUAGAAUUUUUUUUAACUUAAAGAUUUCAUGGUCAUUUUCUCUGGGUGUAAAUGUACCUUAGUGUACUGUGCAUGCCUAUGGAGGUAUAUUUCUUCAGGUGUAACUAGUCGGCAUGCUUUUCUCUACUGCCUAGCAAUACAUGUACAUUUACAUAAACAAGAAUCAAUGAAGACUUUUUUAAUAUCUUGAUGGUGAGUGUUAUGGGAAAAACACGCUGAUGUCUUAUUUAAAAAUAAAUAAUUAAUUUUAAAAAUCUUAGACACAGUCAUAUCCCUUAUACACGUGGUAGAUCAGCAUAGUUUUUCAAUAACCACAAACAAGGGCUAAUAGCACGAAAAGAUGGAAACAUAACAGCGAUAUAAAAGUGGUAUGUUCAAGUACUGUAAUAUACUUAAUUGGGCCCCAGGCAAUUAGAUUUAGCCUCAAAUCUCUGCCCAGAAAAUCCAUCAGGCAAGCUUUAUAAUAGAGGUGUGUUGCACACGUGCAGAUAUCACAUAAGUUCACAAGGGAUUCUCAUAGACUUUUUAUAAUGGAUUUCCAAUAAGUAAGCAUGAACAGUAUUACAAGGAACAUUUGUAACCAACAUUCUAUCUGGGUAUGGGUUCAAACAGUCACAUCCACCUGGUGGUUGUGCAAUAUUCACGUGGUAUCAUACCCUGAAUGCUAAUGUCUUAUAUUAAAUAAGUUUUGACAAGUGUCUAGAACAGGGCAAUGCACUAUCCAACAGCUACUGAAUUAAAUCUCGUGCUUCGCUGCAGCUACAGAACUGCUGUGAGAGCCAACUAAAUUAAAGAUAUGCUGUUGUGUUCAAUUCAUUUCGAGUGUAGAUAAUGGUCGUAUGAAAAAUAUUUGUAAACUUUUAAUAACACAUUUACCAAUUGGUAAGUGAACUUAAUGUUCAUUGAAUUAACCCCUCUCAGUGAUGAUUGCUGGUUGUGUUUACAUCUAACAUAUGAUUAAGUGCAAGAAGCUGUGAAAUAAGUAGGCUUACUCUGUUCUUAGCACAUUCCCUUCCCAUAUCUUUGUUGUGCUUUGUACGUAUAUUACAGAUCCAUAAUGCUCCUUUUAUUUGUGCUAUCUCCUUUUUUCUUAUCACCCUUAAGAGUAUGAUCUUACGUUGUUAGAAUACAUUUUUACCACGAGUGCCUGAAAUUUGAAAAUGGUGCUAUGAACCUACUGUUGUCAUUCUUCAUUAUUUACAGAACACUUUAGUGGCUUCAUAAUCCAAAUCAAAAUAUUUGUCCUUUGCAAGUUGCUAUUCCCUUUUAAAUUCUCUAGUUUUUUUUUUUUUUUAAAUGAAUAUUCUAUUUAGUCCAAAGCUUGUAUGUGUGUAGAUAGAUAUUUGUUUCACCACUCUGGGUAGUGUGCCCCAAAUAUGUUUUAUUAAAGAAUAUUAAAAAAUAUAUAUAUAUUAUAAUAUUUUCAAUUAUCUAUUUAUAAAACACAAUGUAUGUUAUAAAAUAUCAGAGUAUACAAACCACAUAUGAAUCUUUAAAAUAUUUCACAAUUUCAUCAAACAUCAAAACUAGGGGUAGGGAAGUGGUGAUGGUGGGGAGAGCAUCCAUCUUGAAUAAUACAUCGUAACUUAGGCUCUUAUGACAUCAGCAUCUGAAGAUUUUAUGCACAAAUAUAAUACUAUAAUAACUGAUACAAUAUGUCACAUGAAAAUGACAAUGUUUCCUAUUAAUUUUCUUACAUAGCAGUAAAUAAUCCAUCCAUAGUCCUUUUUUAAUCUUCUUCCCACCUAUCCCAGUAAUAAUUGCUUUAUUUUUUUGAAUCCCAGACUAUUGGAAGUUAGCGAAUGUUGUGCCCAAUCACAAGAAAGGUAAUAGGGAGGGGUCAGGCAACUAUAGGCCAGUACGUCUUACUUCAGUAGUGGGGAAAGUGAUGGAAACCAUGUUAAAGGAUAGGAUUGUUGAACAUCUAAAAACGCAUGGAUUUCAAGAUCAGAGACAACAUGGGUUUACUUCAGGGAGAUCAUGCCAAACUAAUCUUAUUGAUUUUUUUUGAUUGGGUAACUAAAAUAAUAGAUCAGGGUGGUGCAGUAGACAUUGCUUACUUAGAUUUCAGUAAGGUUUUUGACACUGUUGCACAUAGAAGGCUUAUCAAUAAACUGCAAUCGUUAAGUUUGGAUUCCAAUAUUGUUGAAUGGGUAAGGCAGUGGCUGAGAGACAGACCAACAGAGGGUUGUAGUCAAUGGAGUAUAUUCGAAGCUUGGGCUUGUCACCAGUGGGGUACCUCAGGGAUCUGUACUUGGACCCGUUUUCUUUAAUGUUUUUAUUAGUGAUAUUGCAGAAGGUCUUGUGGAAAGGUAUGUCUUUUUGAUGAUGAUACUAAGAUAUGUAACAGGGUUGAUGUUCCGGGAGGGAUAAGCCAAAUGGCAAAUUAUUUAGGUAAACUAGAAAAAUGGUCAGUUGUGGCAGCUGACAUUUAAUGUGGAUAAGUGCAAGAUAAUGCAUCUUGGAAAACCCAAGGGCAGAGUACAGAAUAUUUGAUAGAGUCCUAACCACAUCUGAGGAAAGCGAUUUAGGGGUGAUUAUUUCUGAUGACUUAAAGGUAGGCAGACAAUGGAUUAGAGCAGCUGGAAACACUAGCAGAAUGCUUGGUUGUAUAGGGAGAGGUAUUAGCAGUAGAAAGAGGGAAGUGCUCAUGCCAUUGAGGAGAACGCUGGUCAGACCUCACUUGGAGUAUUGUACGCAGUACUGGAGACUGUAUCUCCAGAAUGAUAUUGAUACUUAAGAGAGAGUUCAUAGAAGGGAUACUAAACUGGUUCAUGGAUUGCAGGAUAAAACUUACAAGGAAAGGUUAAAGGAACUUAAUUUUACACUGUUAAUUGAUGUAUGAGGAACAUUGAAAUGAACAGGGGGUGUACACAGAGACCCCCUAAAGUGUGGUAUAGCUUGGAGGAAAGACGAGACAGGAUAUGAUAGAAACAUUUAAAUACAUAAAGGGAAUCAACACAGUAAAGGAGAAGAUUAUAUUUAAAAGAAGAAAAAAAACUACCACAACAUAAGGACGUAGUCUUAAAUUAGAGGGGCAAAGGUUUAAAAACAUCAGGAAGUAUUACUUUACUGAGAGGGCAGUGGACGCAUGGAAUAGCCUUCCAGCUGAAGUGGUAGAGGUUAACACAGUAAAGGGGUUUAAGCAUGUGUGGGAUAUUCAUAAGGCUAUUCUAACUAUAAGAUAAGGCCAGGGACUAAUGAAAGUAUUUAAAAUAAAAAAAAUUGGGCAGACUAGAUGGGCCGAGUGGUUCUUAUCUGCUGUCACAUUCUAUGUUUCUAUGAAUGUGUGUUCCUUAUUUUAAGGUCCUUUUACCAGGGGCUUAUAUGUCUGUGUGUUCCCCAUAGUAUAUUAGGUGUUCCUAGAACUGCAGUUUUCUAGAUAGAAUCUGAUUGCUACAUCCACCACCACUGCGGCUUCCAUUCUGUGUCUUAUCAAAACAGUACCGGGUUGGGUAGUCAGUAGUUGCUUGUCUGUGUGGACAUGGGCAUCCCACAGGAUCUAAGCCCUGUCGUUCGUCACUACCCUGGUGUUGCACCUUCUUUCUGUACCUUCUGUUUGUGCCGAUGUUUUAGUACAUAAUCCGAGCACCUUAAUUGUGCCUCUCAACGUAUGCUGUCCCUGCUAACAUCUUGUACCUGGCUACUACAACAUUAUGUUAUUGUAAACCAGUUUCAUAAGCCCAAUACAGGCUUUAAAAAUAAAUCUAGCCACAGCCAUGACCCAAAUGCCAUGUUAUAUGCCUGUACAAUAAGUAUUCAAAAUAAAUUAAAAGGGUUGUAGCAGACAAAUAGAGGUGAACGGAAACGUCAUGGUUUUAGCCAGAGCUGGGCUUUUCCAGCCUAAAUGUUGCAAUUCAUCUUUCUGUUCUCUCCAGUUUGUUGUUUAAUAACUAUUCAUGUGGUUGGUUUCUCACAUAUUGUAUACUUGUGUACUGAUUUGUUCUUGUAUAGUCAUGGUUUUAUGAUAUAGGUUUAUAUAACUUGUUAUAAAUAAUAUUUUCUCUCUUUUUCACUGGUACAUUACUGACCUUUUCCACUAAUGUUUUAUAACAUCUAAAAUUGUUAGAGGUUACUCAAAUUGAAAGUGUCCACGCUCAUCAAGACCAUUAAAGCAUAUUUCCUACAUGAUUGUGAGAAACCAUCAACUAGUUUCAAGUUGUGAAUCAGAUGUUUUAUGUAAAUCUCUCUUUUUUCCCCUUUUUCUUUGUUAUCUGUGGGUUGGUUCUAUUAUGUAUGACGUAUGUGGUGUUUGUGUAAUUAUACAUGCAGUAUUGACUUCAUCAUAACCCAUUAUUGGAAAAUUAGGCCUGAUUGUGGUUUCUCCCCUGCCCUUUUCACCUCCUAUUUUCCAUUUCUUCGUUGUACUUGCUUUUUUUUUUUUCUUUUUUCCAUAAAUGUUUUGCUUAAAAUACUUUCAAAUACCUAGUGUAUUGUUUUCCCUUUCCCUUCACAAAUAUGUGAACAACCAGGUUUACUUAUUAACUUUAAAGGUCAUUUUUACCUACUUCCUCAUUGCAUAGCUCGCAGUGCUACAUGCUGCUCGCUGAGUCUUUACUGGCAGCUCACAUUAGGCCCCCGACGUGUCAGCAGUAGAAUAUUAAUGGGGGUUCUUUCAUCCCUGAUGACAGCCAGGAGGGGCAUGCAUGUAGCCCCCCUUCUUCUAGCAUAGCAUUACCACAUACUGUAGUGUAGCUGCGCAGUAACGAGACAGAAAGUGUUCAGUCUCCUCUACAUUCCUCCACAUAUUUAAUAUUAAAUAAUAAUAAAUUCUAGCCCUGGUGUGUAGGCUAUGGCUUGCAGGAUCGAGUAACUUUUGAGGCCUAGCUAGUGGCAUAGGACUUUAGCUGUGUGUGUGUGUGUGUGUAUUUAUUUCUGUGAGGGAUGGCUUCUGUCCUAAGUAGUAAAAUACAUUUUAAAUAACGGGCGUUUUUUUGGGGGGGGUUUGGUAUUGCUCCAAUGGCCAUUAAAGUCCAAACUUACCUGCUACGUCAAGGCAAACCUCUUAGGUGAGUCCUACAUUAACAAGUCACCAACAUCUCUAUGGAAACAGGAGUAUUCUCAUGAACCUCUAUACACAUAUUAUCCCUUAAUAAAAUACAUGUGUGGGUGGCGGCACUAAAACAUUGUGUAAUACAGAAGCUAAUUAAAACACAUAGUGUUAAAAGGACAUGGUACAGUCUAAAUGACUCUAGUUAGUUUUAGGGUCCCUCCGAGCUUUCAAGAUAAAAAUAAAUAAUUGACUUAAAGGGCCACUAUAGGCACCCAGACCACUUCAGCUUAAUGAAGUGGUCUGGGUGCCAGGUCCAUCUAGGGUUAACCCUGCCUGCUGUAAACAUAGCAGUUUCAGAGAAACUGCUAUGUUUACAAAUGGGUUAAUCCAGCCUCUAUCCAGCAUGCGCAUUCAGCCGGUGACGUCAGAAGAGGGAGGAGAGUUCCCAGCGCUGGAGAAAGGUAAGCCUUUAACCCCUUCCUUCCCCUAGAGCCCGGCAGGAGGGUGGGGGAGGUUCCAAAGACCCUACAGAGCCAGGAAAACGAGUUUGUUUUCCUGGCACUAUAGUGGUCCUUUAAUUUUUCUCCAGAGCUCCUAGUCUCCUCCAUGCCUGAUGUUGGACCAAUCUAGUGCUCCUGAUAGAGCAGUGUUAGGGACUACAGGCGCUCAUUGGGAUGUUCAUUUGCUUGCAUGCAAUGAUUCUCUAUGGCAGACCGUAACAACACUGCACAUCACUGACAUCACUGUAUGCCAGAUUAUGAGAGUCAGGAAGUAACAGUCCCGUCUCUCAUACCUAGAGGGCUCGGAGGCAUGGCUUGAAACCACAAUUUAGAUACAUUAUAUCAUUUGGGCCCACUAAGAAGGGAGGAACAACUGUACGCACUAUAAAAACUUAAUAUAGAGGAAGCUGUUAUGAGUACAGUGUACCUUUAAGCCAUGCACUCAAACUCCAUUGAUGAAUAAUAUUGUUGUAGCUGCUGUCCAAGAGUAGUAGUAAUUUUGUGUGUUAAAAACUAAACAAAAAAAAAACAACCGGGAAAAUGAGUGUCUUUCAUGGAUGUGUUUUUCCCAAACAAGAUUUGUUAAUUCACUGAUGUAUUGUCAGUAUGUCUUUUUAAAUGUGCUGAUAGUUCAUUUGUAGUUAUGCAAUACACAGACAUGGUUUCCCAGCAUCACAGAUGAAGCCAAAAAAUAAUGAAAAACACAAAAAAGCAAAACAGAAGACACCAAAUUCCGUCUGCGUACCUUUUGUAAUAUAUGGAUAGUUUGUAUCUGGAAAUCCCCAGUUCCUGGUUUUGGUUUCGUAUUUCAUCCUUCAUUCUCACAGUGUAUCAAGCAAGAUUAAACAUUAACUGUCACUUGCACUUCAUGGCUGAGUCCUGUAGGUAGAGCUUCACGCCCAGCAGGGUUGUGGUUCAUGUGUAUUUCCAGUUAAAUGGUAGUUAAAAAUACAAUUAGAUAAACUGUGAAUGCAGUUUGUGAUCAUACACGCAACCUACAGGGUAUUUCACUAAAGAGAGAAUUCAAAGUGAAUUUCGAAUUCUAGGUUAUCGAACUGGAAGCCUAGCCGACUUUUUUUUGCCUAUUUUGACCGUAACAGAGUUAUUUACUAAAGCAAGCUUUCAAAGUGAAUUUCAAAUUCAAGGCCAGAGUAGCUGAGCGGAAACCAUAGCUGACUUGCUGGACUUUUCCAGUUCGGCUAUUUUCACCUUAAAUUUGAAAUUCCCCUUGCAUUCUCACUUUACUGAAUAACCCUGUAAAAUACAAUGAAACUAACAUCUUAGAAUCACAGUAACAUAUUACUGCAAAACUACAGAAGAAAAAGCAAUAUAUUGAACACUGAAAAAAAUGUGGCUGUGGAACAUGGAAAGUUUAGCAGUGUUGUCGGAAAGUACUCAUUCGUAGGACAAUUGUUCCUUAAAGGACAACUGUCACCUCAACACUAUUUUUACCAUUAUUAUCCUUUAAGUUUUUAAAAUAAAUACGUAUAUUGAUACUGAUUUUAACAUAUUUUAAUAUCUUAAUAUAAUCUUUGCUAUAUCUAUAAUCUUUUAUUUAAAAGGGACACUGUAGGCACCCAGACCACUUCAGCUCAUUGAAGUAGUCUGGGUGCUGUGACCCUUUUGCACUUAGUACUGCAAUGUUAAACAUUGCAGUUCCAGAGAGCUGAGGGCACAUCCGGAGGAGUCCAAACGGACUUUUAGUCAGUUAUCUGUUUUCCCCAUAGGAAAGCAUUGAAUAAUGCUUUUUUAUCGGGAGGUCUAAUGCGUGCGGCCAUUGCCGCACAUGCGCAUUAGGUCUCCCCCGCCGGUUUAUGUUGGGGUGGAGGAGCCUAGGUAAGUGGCUGAAGGGGGGGGGGGCACUAAAUGUUUAACUGGCACUAUAGGAUCUUUUUAAUUUAUUUUCUAUUUAAAAUUUUGAAGAAAUCACUUGCCAACCGUUCCCACUAGUUCAUAAUGAAUGGCCAUCUUCUUGCUCCCUCAGUCGGAUGUUAUCUGACCCUAUGCUUGCUGUUUUGCAACCAUUUUCCUGAAUCCUUCUCUGGCAUACAGCCUUAGUGAAUAUGUUAGAGGCAGAAAAAGUGCUACAUUUUGAAAAGCAACAGUGAACACUGGGUCAGGUAACUGACAAUCUGAACAAGGUGGGAUGUGGAAGGCAGGCAAAUUUUUAAAAAAACAUGAAUAAAAAAUAAAUUAUACUGUAUAUGUUUAGAGAUUAUGAUAAGAUCAGUUUUCCUAUAAUGGCUCUAAGACUUCUUUGAGAAACACUGCUUUUAGUACAUAUUGCUCCACCUGUGGCCAAAAUGGUUGUGGCAGAUUCUCCAAUCUGCGCUGCAGAUUUAAGCUCAAGGUUACUUUUGACAUUGAAGACUUAAAAGCUGUCAUGUCUUGGGUCAGCCUGACUGAGCUUUGGUUCCUGUGAAUACAUUUAUUAAGCUGCAUCUUCUCUGAAAUAUUAUACGUUAUGUUAUAUGGGACAGGGAGGGCAUUUCUUUCAACCAGUGAUACUUGGGAGAGUGUUUUCAAUCCCGGGUCUUGAAGCCCCCAUUGCCCGAUUAAUCUUUUCUAUGGACUAUUCACAAAUUAUGUACGUUCUAAAGGUAUCCUUCUCUGAUUUAUCUGAUUAAUAAAGCUGAUUUUUCCUUAUGCGUAGGUCAGGAAAGUCUGGAACCCCCUUCAAAUAUUUGGAUCACUAAAACUGGCAACAACUUUACUGUGACUUGGGACUGGAGCAGUUUCAGAAAUGAGGAUGAAUCUGAUGUGACCUUCUCUGUCUUUUCCCUGAAGUAUGUUUGUUUUUACAGCUAUUUGUCAUGGUUUUUAAAUGCUUAACCAAAACAAUAUGAUGCCUCCCUGAUGUGUUUUGGGGUGUCCAGUCAUCCCCAUAUGCAAGCUCUUUAAAAUUACAAUUUAGGAUGGAGGUAACCUUAAUCUGUUUUAUCAAUUAAAUACAUCUCUUAGUAUACACAGUUUACUGUUGUGAGCUUUGUUAGAGAAUUGUUGAAACCCUAAUGGGUAAUCCUAGUCACUCCAUUUUUAUUCGAGUACUGACAAUAUUUCAUGAAUUAUGGUUCAGUGUGGGUUUGUGGAAUAUGUAGUUCAGAAGCAAUUCCAUUCAUAAGGAAGCAUGAAUUAAAAUGCUGCCCAAACUACAUGGCUGAUAGCUUACUUUUUUAGCGUCACAUGAUGCAUCAGCUUCUCCAAAGAAAACCAGCGGUCGGUUUGUAGCUGCCAAGACUUACAAAUACCUGCAGUUAUUAUCUGGGAUACCGGGACAGGGAAGCUUGUGUCAUUAUUUAUGUAAUCAUACUUUGUGAAGUGUGACCCUGGAAUAUCCUUUAACCCUGAGAGGUGAGGUAUGAACUAAAUGUUAUGUUGUGCUAAUCCCGUUAAAAAAAAUAAUAAUAAUUUAUUAAUUUUUAAAUUGUGAAUUGCUCAGCUUUGAGUUUAUGGCUAAUUCCUAAAGGGACACUCUAAGCACCAAAGCAACUUUAGCUUAAUGAAGCCGUUUUGGUGUAUAGAUCAUGCCCCUGCCAGUCUCACUGCUCAAUUCUCUGCCAUUAAGGAGUCAAAUCACUUUGUUUAUGCAGCUCUAGUGACACCUCCACUGCCUAUGACUCUCACAGUCAGUCCCUCUGCACGCUUUCUUAAAAAGAUGUAUGCUUUUAAAACUUGGGCAAGCCAAUCUAGGAGGCGCAGGUUAGGGGAGUAAACAUAGGCUAGUGCAGUAUUCUUAUCUUUUUAACUCUCAUCUUAAAGCACCCAUACAAACAACUUCAAUCUCUGCUUUUAAGCUUAAAGGGACACUAUAGUCACCAGAACAACUACAGUUUAUUGAAUUUGUUCUGGUGAGUAGAAUCAUUCCAUUCAGGCUUUUUGCUGUAAACACUGUCUUUUCAGAGAAAAUGCAGUGUUUACAUUACAGCCUAGUGAUAACUUCACUGGCAACUCCUCAGAUGGCUGUUAGAGAUCCUUCCUGGGUCAUGGCUGCCUAAAAUGCAUCCAAACAUUCAGUGUCUCCUCCUUCUGCAUGCAGACUGAACUUUCCUCAUAGGGAUACAUUGAUUCAAUUCAUCUCUAUGAGGAGAUGCUGAUUGGCCAGGGCUGUGUUUGAAUUGUGCUGGCUCUGCAUCCUUGUCAGUCUCCGCCAAUCCUAUGGGGUAACACUGUAAUUGGAUCAGGCUAUCACUUCUGAUGAUGUAGGCAGGUCUAUAGGAAACCGAGCCAGAGCUAGCAGCUUCAGGCUUGAAUACAAAGUACCAUGUGCACACCGAAUGCACAUCUUGGACUGGCCAAGCUCUCCUACACAGAGACCGAUCCAAGCUGAAUUGCUGGAAAUAGUUCUCUGGGAGGCAAGAGGGGCUCAGGGGAGCUAGAUGGUGGUGUUAACACUAUAGGGUCAGGAAUACAUGUUUGUGUUCCUGACCCUAUAGUGCUCCUUUAAGACUCACAGUAUUACCUGUGGUUUAUCACACAAAACACGAGGGGCUUGCUCUCCAAGUUCUGAUCCUUAUGCUUGAUGACCCUUUGGGUGCCAACCUUUCUCUUCCCAAUGUGUUUUGUCAUAACUAUAACUUCCUUGGAGGACCAAUGAUUCAUUUGUCUCCUAAGGCAGCUGAAGAGUUUGUAUUGCAUUACAAAAUAAUUGUAGAUGCAUCCUUGAAUUUGUCGCAUUAAAUCUUGCAUUUCAGGUUUGGUAGACUCCCAGGCAUACAGUGGAGAAAUGUUCCUGGAUGCCUUCACAUUAAGGUCCAACGUUGCGACAUCAGUUUGAAUCCACUCUUGCAUUAUAGCGUGCGUGUCCGAUCUGAAAUUGCUGGAAAACAUUCUGCAUGGUCGAGCAUAGUGCCGUUUUUACCAAGCUCAAUUGGUAAGCAAGCUGUAUUUGUUUUUAAAACCAUGUUCAUAAUGCGAUUCUCGUGCUGUUAAUGUUUGUGCUGGUUUUUUUUUUUUUGGUUUUUUUUUGUUCAGAACAAGGAAACAAGAAGAAAAUAAGGAGAAAUUAAAAAAUCCUUUGUAAAAAUGCAGCAUGAUAACUAAAACAUAACUUUUAUUAAGAAUUCUUAACCUGUCUGAAAAAAAUGGAUGCUAAAUAGACAAACUUAAAGACUUGGUAAUAGCAGCUGCAAGUGGAAAUGACAAGGGAUAUAUUGACUAAAUAUUGCAAUUUUCAAAAACUGCCAAGAUUCAGAAAUUGUUUAAAAAUUAAUAAUAAUAAAUAAAUCUGUUGUAUGUUGUAUGUAUUGUUGGAAAUAGUGCUCUGGGCUUAGUAUAAACUGUUGUCUUCAAUUUUUUUUAUUGUUCUUUACUACAUUUUGUAUGCAAACCUUCAGGCAGGCUGGGAUGAUCAAACCUGGGUGAUCCGGGGGAUAUUCUUUCUGUGUCAUGGUACUCUGUAAAUAAGGAGUUUAAUUGAGAAAUAGUCUUUUGCAUGAUGGCAGUGGCAGCAGCAGCAGACAUUCAAGAAUCGACAAACCCCAGUUCCUAGGUCAACAAAGCCAUAAGAAAUUGGUUACGGUUACCCCUGAUUUACUGGCAGAAAACUAUUAUAGUGGUAUUGUACCAUCAGUGCAUGAGAGCUAUUUGUGGCUGGGUAAGCCAAACACUGACAAGUACUUCGAUACCUCUUUAUCUCCAUGUCUUCCCUCUAAUACCAGUCAGCUAAGGUGAGAAGCAUUGCAGGACUAUGACUGGUGGGUUCAUAUAUAAAUAUUGUGCAUUUGCUGUGUCUCCUGACGUGUUGUAGAUACCGUAUGAGUGUUAUGGAUGCUGUAUGGUGUAGCAUGUGUUGUGGAUAUCCUAUAAACCAGAUUUAUUUAAAAAAAAAUUUUUUUAUGGAUGUCAGGUGGGUGCUGUCUAUGUUCUAGGUGUAAUGAUGAUGAUUUGGUGACAAUGUUUUAAACUUGUUAUAGCAUUAAGAUAUCCUAAAGUCAUGAAUCUGUAAUCCUUCUCAUCUGACCAUGGCCUAUAUACAGUGCAGUUUUAAUGGUGAUUAAUGACCUCUACAUCAAGCCUAAUAAUACCCCAGCAGCCUCUGUGAAAUAUAUAUAUAAUAUAACAGUAAGCGAUUACUUACCAUAUUGUGUUCCAAUAUCAACACCAUCAUGUUUUAUGCAUUUAUCCAGAAAGGCAGAUUCAUUUUAUUUUCUUCUGUUUCAAAUAUUAUCUUAGCAAAAGAAGAUUCUCCAUUUGCUGUAUCUGUGACAUUAAUUCAUGGAAGGGUAAUUGUCACUGUGUCCGAUCCAUCAAGUGUCAACAAAUCACUGGCUGACAAUGAGGACAUCAUUUAUAACCUGAGCAUCUGGAAAAUGAAUUCCAAAGAAGUGAAGGUUAGCUUCUGAUCUGGCGCUUAUUUUGUCAUAUUGAUAGCACAGUUACUUACUGGCAUAGGUUUGUACUUUCGAAAAAUGACAAUUCUGGGUAACUUUAUAUGAUUGAUCUGGGCUUUCCUGUGCCAUUCUGUGAAGUAUAACCACAGAUAAUUGUGUGAUUAUAUAUAGAGCCACGUAGGCCCAACACUCUCUCACGGUCCUGUACUUGCCUGGGUGCUUACUUCAGCCAAAAUGUACAUAAUCCAAGAAAAGAGCACUUGCAGGACUCUGUAGAUGAUUUUCCAAUUCUUUUAUUGUGCAAUAUAAAUACACCUCAUUUGUGUCAACGUUUCAGUCCUUCUACAGAGUCCUGUGAGUGAACUUUUUUUUUUCUUUUUUUUGGAAAUGAUUUUUUUUGUAUUUUAUUUUAAGCAUAGCUGUCACCCCCCCCCAAUAGGUUUUGGUUUUUCAUAAAGAUAAAAUCUUUCUGAAACACUCACUUUGACUGUGUUUGGAUUUCAAUGAAAUUCCAAAGCAGUCAAAAGGUUCCAUAAUACAAAGUAGCAGAGUAAGAAAUAAUGAAGAAAAUUGCUUGACGUUGUAUUUUCUGGAUCCUCUCUCACCAACCGAAAAGUCAGUGUGGGGAAGGGACCGUUCUCCAGAUUGGAUUUACUUUAUAUUUCCUGUUAAGGAAGGACCGAACUGAGGGGGCAGGGAAAGACAAAAACUGAAAUUGGGAAGCAAUACAGAUAUUACGUAUGUAAUCGAGAAUCACGAAGUGAUCGAGAAUCACGAAACGCGUAAGGCGGCAUCUGCAAACUAACACACAUCGGUCCCGAGAGUGAGCAUCUUUGACACGCAUACUGAGCCGCAGUGGAACGCACGCGGCUAGAAACCAGUGGUACACAGCACGAGGAAAAUCCCAUUCACUUCUGUCCGGCCGGCGAGAAAGUAAUCUCAAUAUCUUUUGGGCUCGAGGUCUGUCAAACCUGGUACUGGUGCUAUCUUAUUUGCUACUCUUUUUUGGGACUUUUAUUGAUAGCUAGUGUAUGAGUGUUAUGGAUGCUGUAUGGUGUAGCAUGUGUUGUGGAUAUCCUAUAAACCAGAUUUAUUUUAAAAACAAUUUUUUUAUGGAUGUCAGGUGGGUGCUGUCUAUGUUCUAGGUGUAAUGAUGAUGAUUUGUAGCAUUUUUUGUCAUUUAUUAAUAAACUUGGAAAAGUAUGUCUGCUGCAUCAGAUUUUAACCCUUGGAGGGGUGCUAUUCUAUUUCAUUUUAUUUUACCUAUAUUACCCAGCCAUAUAUAUCGGAUUCAUAAUUUAUUGAAACCUAUAUUAGAUUAUUUUCAGCAGUUCAUAGACUCUGCCUUCCUUAUUUAAUAGGUGGUGAUGACAUGAUCAGCUGACACAUUUGUAUUUGAAUAAGAGAGUAGAUAUUAACUUUCAUUUAUUGUGAAGUGCUCUAUACAUUCUCAUUUCCACUGAAUCCUGUGUAUUUUUAAUUGAUUUAUUUCAAUUAGUGUGUUUCAUUCAGAUAUUACGUAAGGGUUCUGCUGAAACGCCCCAGUUUCUACAAAAUGCAUAAAGGGAUCGACACACACAGAAAUGUUAAGGGCUACUUAAAAUGGGAACUUAAUUACAUAAUAUAACCGUAUGGCUGAGAAUGACUGACCUAAAGAGUUAGGAAUCUUGAGAAAUCAACCAAAACUGCAGUCUAAUAAAAUAUAAACUAAAUCUCCUGACCGAAAAUGAUGCAGGCAGGAAGAGCGCACCAUUUUCCAAACCAGUGAGCGUUGGCUGGGAUAAUUUACAGUCAGACCCAAGGUGUACAAAAAUGGCUGACAGAAAUUGGGAAAGGGAAUAAAUAGGCAAAUGAUUAUUUAAUUUUUAAAGUUUUUUUUAUUUUCUCUCAAAAAUGACCGUAUAUAAGAAUAAAAACUAAAUGGUAUAAAAUAAAAAUUAUAUUAAGAUAUAGAGAUGUAUAUUUUUAUGUUAUUUAAAAAAAAAAAAUUACUGUUAUCCUUUAAGACUUUAUUAACAAGUCAGUAAACAUGAAAUUAAAUUUAUCGUGGUUCUUAAAAUGGUAAUAAACCAAUAAUAAUCCGUUCAGGGAUUGGCUGAAUACAAUGGCAGAAUUUCAUUGGCCAGAGGUUUAAAUAUCAAAUAAGGCAUCUCAGACUCUGGACUACCCAAACUAAAACAGCCUUAUUCUCAUAGUAGAUCAUUCAUUUUUAUUUUUACAUCACUUUUUAUGAGAUCCACCUUUCAAUCUAAUGUUGAAACGUAUAACGGUUUGCUUUGUGUCACCUUUCAGACACAUGAGUUUUCUGAUCCUGAAUUUGAAGUUAAGAACCUUGCUCCUAGCACUCCCUAUUGUUUGAAAGUACAGUUGAUUGACACCGAGCGAAGUACAUCAGGACCUUUCAGCCAUGAGAAAUGUUUUGAAACAGAAAAAUGUAAGUUGUAAUGUCUCGUUCACCUUUAAUACCUAAAGUGGCUGUGUAGGAAAUGGCCACUAUAUAAGAGACGUUUUAUGGGAGGGGAGAAUUAUUAAAUGCUGUGAACAGAACAGCAUUGUAAAGUUAUAAAAGCAGAACAAUUAUCAAUGCAACGUUCUUUCCAUUUUCAUUGGUUUCUAUUGUGACCGACUCAAAAUUUAGCAAAACCUUGUUUUUAUAAAUCUCCUGCAAAGUAUUUCAAUUGAAUUUCUUGCAUGCUUUUUUUGUUAUUAUGAGUAUGAAAAUCUGUGUUAGGUCUGCUGGUAAAAUAACCUGUAAAACUAAAGUUGCACAGUUGAAAUAUUAUCCGUCUUUAGAUGGACCUUUUUAUUUAUGGCACCAGUAAUAAUGACCAAUAUUGGAGUCUUCACAAGCAAAGUGCAGGUUGGCCCAAAAGUAGGUAUACAGUAUAUGUAACUUGCAUUCUAAGUUAGCACACUCUAAAUACAGCUAUUAAACGUCCAUGCUUUUCCAGCUCCAUACAGGUUCCUUCUCCUGCAGGUAGUUACUGCAACAUAGUUUUUGCGGGAAAUAGGCUAUUUGGCGAAGGGGAAAAGGCUUCUCUUUGGCCGUCAGCCAGUACUGGGUCUUGUAGCACUGCCUGCACUCAUCCCCGGGAUCUUCAAAUGUGCACAGAAGACAUACAAGCUUCAGCUCAAUGAAGUGGUCUGGGUGCCAGGUCCCUCAGGUUUUAACGUUUCAAAUGUAAACAUAACCGUUUCAGAGAAACUGCUAUGUUUACAUUGCAGGGUUAAUCCAGCCUCUAGUGGCUGUCUUGCUGACAGCCGAUAGGGGCGCUUCUGUGACGCUGGAUGUGAUUUUCGUGGACUGUUUAAAUGCACGCGUGGCACUUGCCGCACAUUCUCAUUCCGCUCCACUUGGGAGCUGACAUCGGCGGGGGAGGAGAGGUCACCAGCGACAAGGGAGCCCGGCGCUGGAUAAAGGUAAGUGGCUGAAGGGGUUUUAACCCCUUCAGUGCCAAGGGAUGGGGGCCCUGAGUGUAGGGGCACCCUUAGGGCACUACAGUGUCAGGAAAACGUUUUUGUUUUCUUCACACAAUAGUGAUCCUUUAAGUUGUCUAAGUAAAAAAAAAAAAAAAAAGUAUUGCUUGUUAAUACUCUGCACAAUGAUAAGCAAAUGAUCAAAUCCUAUUGCCCCAAGUGGUUGUAAAAACACCACUGUCCUUUCUAAUGGGGAAAUAUAGACUAAUAUGCUCGGUAGAUUUUGUAUUUAACCUUUAUAUGAUUUCAUAACUUUAUAGUACUACAUGUGUUACUCUUCAGCUUACAUCCAACUCCCAUGAUCCCCAUUUUGGAAAAGACAAAAUGAUGCCUAUUCCUGAGACAAUGUAUUCUGUUUUACAGCACAAAUUGUUAUGUUGAGAAUGCAGGCAGUGGACACAAACUUCACAUUAAAAUGGGACUACAAUUGCAAAGAGGAUCCAAAUGUCACUUUUUCAGUACUAAUCAGGCGGUAAGUUUAAAUGCUCCGUUUUUGUGCAGAUGUUGCCAACGUCUUCGGAAUGCAAUCCAGUAUAGAUAGGGCUUAUGAAUGUCUGGCUUCUAAAAUACAGGGUGAGUCUACAAUUCUCUCCCACCACCCCCAUACACAUAAUAUUAAAUUGAUUUCAACAUUGGUAUUAAAGAGACACACUAAACAUAACUACUAUAGUGGCUGUGGUGCCAGCAUGUCCCUGUAACUGUCUUCUGGUUAUAAGCUAAUUUGGUGCUUAACACAGACUAAGUGUACCCAAGGGGCCUGCAACCCAGACCUUCACUCGGCAUAUUGCUGUUGUGGAAGUUAUACUUCUGCGAUAGCAAUAUAGUUUUUUUCCAAAUAGGAACUGUAUAGGAGCGUGCAAGGCUCAGUCUGUGCAGUGCUGUGGAAUAGCAGCUGAGGGAGGAGCUAUAUUUGUUUCUAUCUAUACUAUAUAUAGUCUCUAAUACUUGGUAACGCUCAUUCUAUUCCUUGGUUGAGCCCGGCAGCUUGACAGAAUUGAUUUUGUAACUGGUCACACAUACUCAGGCACAGCUUUGUUUUGUCAAAAAAUUGCAAUAACAUAUUUGUUGUGUCUUUUUUUUUUAAGAAUUUACACACAGUUGGGGCUUAUUUCUAAACUGCUUAGAAGCAAAUUAAAAUUGAACUGACAAAUUUCAUCCAAAAUUAACUGAUUAGACAAAAUUCUCUAACUCCGCCAUAAUUGCAGCUUGGUUAAUUUAGCCUAACUUUUGAUACUUUCAAACAUGUCUUAGUUUGGUAAUUGUAAGCUUGAUUAUUAGUGUAUUUUAUUUAGGCUGUUAGUUUCAGAUAGUGUAAAACAAAUUUACUUUGAGGUGAGUGCUGUGAUAUAUAUAGUGAGUGUAAACCAGCGCUAUGUAUGCACUAUACAUGCCAAACUGAAUCCCUCAAAUUCAUGCAGAAAAAAAACCAUUCUAUUACUCCUUUCUGCACUGUAUAGGAGCAUGCAAGGCUUAGUCUGUGCAGUGCUGCGAAAAACAGCUGAGGGAAGAGGUAUAUUUAUUUCUAUAUAUAGUAUAUAGUUUUUAAUACUUUGUGACACUCAUUUUAUUCAAUAAAUGGGAAGACUGAAAUUAUGAAAAUGUUGCAAUUUGUCUGUUUCCCUAAAUUGUAAUUUAUGAACAAAUUUGCUGAUUUGUCUUUAAGUGGAACAGUCACAUCCCCCUCGAGACAAAGACCAGAUGAGAUGUCCACUUACCAUGUGGCACACUAAAGAAGAGGAAGCCUUUCUGUACCGUCAACUCCUUCUCUGGCUUAUUAUUUUGUUUCUGGCAUCUAAUUCUGCCAUUUGCCAUGUCACAGGUGUUUACUUAAAAAAAAAUGAGUCAGAAAGAUUCUACAAGACCACAGGAUCCCCUGUGGUUAAUCUUGCUCGUGUACAUUGAGAUACUGUAGACCUCUAUUGCACAUCUUGCAGGGAGAUACUGAACGAUGGCUGAUGGGAGAUGACAUAAAAUGUCACUAAUAAAUCACCCUUUGUUCUCUGGACAAGAAAAUGUUUAGCAAUAAGUAUUCCUUCCUUUGCCUUGAGGAAUCUUGUUCAUGCAGCCUUUGAGGAUUCAUAAACAUUCCAUCUUGAUAAAAUACUCGAGUUACAAUGCAUUUUAAACUUCUUGUCAGCUAUGCUUCAAAUGAAAUGGCCAUUUAAAAAAAAAAAAAAAAUUCUUAUCCUUUCACAAAAAGAGCAGUUUUCUGGAGCACGUUGCACAUUUAAACAUUGUAUUGUGGUUUUUGUUUAUUUCUAUUACAUGUGGCUUUGUGACUAUAUAUAUAUAUAUAUAUAUAUAUAUAUAUAUAUAUAUAUAUAUAUAUAUAUAUAUAUAUAUAUAUAUAUAUAUAUAUAUAUAUAUAUAUAAAAUUUUUUUUUUUUUUUUUUUACCCCAUGUUAGUUCAGACACCUGGUCUGUAUAUGAUGGAUGUGCAAAUAUAUCCCAGAUGGAAUGUCAGGUAUUGGGCUUAAACAUGUUUGGAAACUAUGACUUCUGCGUAUCAGUAGAUGAUGGGCAAGGAAAUCGGAAUUUAUCCAAUACCUUGACAUUUAAACCCUUACAUCACAGUAAGUUAAUAUCUUUUGUCUUCCUUUAAUAUAUUAGAUAUGUGACCUAGAAGUCCAACAAUCUGUAUAAGGAGAUAGCAGGAUGGGAAGGGAAAGGGAUUUGUCGCCAUCUGUCUAAUGAAUGGAUUAUACACCGGUAACUUUUUCUGGAAUGGCUUCGUCCACUUAACCCUUUUCAUCAACCUUACAAUAACAUAAUGAUAGUAUAGUGCUUAUUGAGUGAGCAAGUGAAUAAUAAUAUAAAUCACACUUAAUACCUUACAAGUGUGUUAUAUGGGUCCUUUAGGUCCCCCCAAUGUCCUUAAAAAUAAAUGAGCUGGGGGACCAAAUAGACCCAUAUAUAACACUUUUAAGGUAUUAAGUGUGAUUUAGAUUAUACAUUUGCUCAUUCAAUGACUGCUUCACUAUCAUUGUGUUUAUUAUAUUUUUACUGUGUGGUGUGUUUUAUUUUUGCAGAACUGUCACUUCAGUUACUGUUUCUUGUAUCCUCACCCUAGCAGAUUCUAUUAAAACCGUGAUUGACGCCUAAAACAAGGGGUUGCUGGGAUCGUAUUAUCUAACCUCCCAGGCUUGACUCUUGUUGGGCUCUGUGUGUUUGGAUGGGGUACAUUGAGUAUGCUGCGAACUGCGUCUGCAGUUAUCUGUUCCUUUCCCCCUUUCAUUUUCCCUGGUGUGAAAUUAUUUGGUUUAGUUUGUUGGACUGAGGUAGAAGAGUAGCGUUUGCAAGGGGUACAAACGAGAUCUGUAGCUUUUGCAAGCUGGCUUUAGGUAUCCUCCCAAUGGAAAUAAUGCAUAAGUAAAUGCAUGCAUGUUUUCUUUUGGGGUAAAUCUGCUAAACAGUGAUUUUGUGUUUUAUAUAUUUUUAUUUGGAUAGUGGGGUGUAUAUUUAAAGCCUGGUCUCUCAUCUGACAUUCUGCAUGUCAUGUGUACUUUACUUUUUCUCUGAUAGCCCUGAGCGAGAAAGGCGAAUGUAGCACAUAUAUAUUAUAUAUAUAUAUUAUAUAUAUAUAUUAUAUAUAUAUAUAUAUAUAUAUAUAUAUAUUUAUUUUUUUUAAAUGUUUUUUUAUUUAUUAUUACAUUUUAGGGAACUAACAUGGAUUUUUUUUUUUCUGCAUUUGUUGCAGCUUUAUAUAUGAUGGCACUGCAUAUGCUAGUGUGCCUAUUAUUCAUUAAUUCUCUAUAUUAUAAAAUUAUGCAUUUUGUUAACACUGCAUAUAAAGAAUAGAAUUAAAGUGGCAGUAAGAAAAAUCAAGAAUAAACACUAUGCUUUUAAAUUGGAUAAAGAAUGUGGCAGACUCUACCGUCUUUUGUUUACAAUGAUCAGACUCUUUAUAAAUAAUUAAACUUAGAAAUAAACGUCAUUCUCUUCCUUUCUAAAAGCUGUGAUUGGUCCCCCAACUCGUUUGAUGCUGAACUUGACACAUUACACUCUUAAAAUGAUGGCAUCUGAUCCAGAAGGAUUUAGUAAAGAAGAGCUUCGUUGGGCAUGUAAUCCAUCGUACCACGCUGUACUGUGGAAAAAAUCAUCAGACACACAGGUAACUUGACUUAAGACUGCAGUGUUCAUCAUUUUCAAUUAUCAGAACUUUCAUAUAUGUAUUAGCUGGGAAUUCCACUAUCCCAGUGUACAGAUUGGCAGGGUCCUUCACUUAAGUGAUAAUUCAAGGUGAAUUUUAAACCCUUAAGGACGGAGGCAAGUUCAAACAAUACGUAAACCAAACCUGGAUUUUAAGCUAUAUGUCUAUUCAACCAUAAUUUACCACUUUCACCCACACUUAUUAUAUAUCAUUUUGUUCAGAAGAAACAGAGCUUUAAUUACGCAUCAAAUAUUUAUUUAUGAAACAUAGAAUGUGACGGCAGAUAAGAACCAUUCUGCCCAUCUAGUCUGCCCAGUAUUUUUAAUUAGUCCCUGGCAUUAUCUUAAGUCUAGGAUAGCCUUAUGCCUAUCCCACGCAUGCUUAAACUCCUUCACUGUGUUAACCUCUACCACUUCAGCUGGAAGGCUAUUCCAUGCAUCCACUACCCUCUCAGUAAAGUAAUACUUCCUGAUAUUCUUUUUAAACCUUUGCCCCUCUAAUUUAAGACACUGUCCUGUGGUAGUUUUUCUUCUUUUAAAUAUAGUCUCCUCCUUUACUGUGUUGAUUCUCUUUAUGUAUUUAAAGGUUUCUAUCAUAUCCCCAGUCUUGUCUUUCCUCCAAGCUAUACAUGUUAAGAAUCUUUUAUCCUUUACUGGAAAGUUGUGUUUUUUUUUUUUUAAAUCCUGCAAUCUAUGAACCAGUUUAAAAGAGAACCUCCACCCCCCACCCCUGUACAGGGUUUAUGGCAUCUUAUUUGCAAAAGUAACUCAUGGUAUCUAAAAUGAGGUAUGUCCAGUCUGCCCAAAGUUGGGAUUUAUUUUUGUAUUUUUCACACAAAAACUGCAAUUUCACUUAUAUUACUGUUAUGUGUUACUGUACUAAAUCAUUCAUAUUUGUGUUCAGUGAUGUCUCACAAGUAAAACAGUACCUCCCCUGUAAAGGUUUUAUGAGGUUCAAAAGUCAAAUUUAGUGCUUUCUCAUUUAAAUUUACCAGAUUAGUUUGCUGGGCUUAUGUUGCCUUUGAGACCAUAUGGCACCCAUGACUCUGACACCGGUUUACCAUUUGGAUGGUGUCAAGGCACAGAUCUGGAAGGAGAGUGGGCCUUUGCUCAUCACCUGCGCAAUAGUUUCUGCCAUUCAUCACCUGCGCAAUAGCGGCCCAACGGUGAAGCAUAGGAAAUGAGGGAAAGCUGAACACCGCAAAAUACAGAGAUUUCCUUAUUUAAAACCUGGUCCCAAAAGCUUAGGAUUUCAGACUGGGCCAAAGGUUCACCGUCCAACAGGACAAUGCAAGAUUAGCUCAGGGUCAACUCUAUGAAUGUCCUUGAGUGGCCCAACCAGAGCCCAGACUUGUACCAAUCGAACAUCUCUGAAGAGACCUGAAAAUAGCUGUCCACCAAUGUCCCCAUCCAAAUUGGCAGAGCAUGAGUGGAUUUGCAGAGACGAAUGGCAGAAACUACCAAAAUUCAGGUGUUCAAAUCUGCAAAGGGUGAUUCAACGAAGUACUUGAGUUGAAUUAAGGCUUUUAAUAUGUUUGUCAAUGUUAUAAUUCAGUUUAUGUUUUAAUACAUUUGCGAUGUCAAAAAUCUGUUUUUUUCUAACCUUGUCAUUGUGUGGUAUUAAGUGUUGAUUGAUGUGGGAGAAAAAUAAAACAUUUUGAUGAAAAAUGUAUUUGAUAAAUGUGCUUCCUUACACUGUAUUAUCUAUAUUUCAGAAAGAAAGUUUUCAAGAAAAAAUGCCAUUUUUUACAGUGGAAAACUUGGAACCAUCGACCGUCUAUUGUGUUACAAUGCGAGUUGUUUGUUCCUAUGACAAUAGAACAGGCUUGUUCAGUGAGCCCCACUGUAUUAAAACAGACCCUGGUAAGAAUUGUAUGAUUUUAGGCCCAGGUUGUCAUGUUGCAGUUUUCCAUAUGUAUGCCAGACUUUUAGGAUGAUUGUUCCUUGCCAAUGACUUAAAUUAUGAUUUUGUUUAAAAUAUGACUGCAAAGUUAGGAGUAAACAAUAUUUUUAUUGCUUUUUAGGUAUAAAUAAAAAUGUAAAUUUAAAGAAUUCCCAUUUUUAAUGGGGAGGAAGUUAUACACAAUGUCACUCAUGAAUAUAAAAUGGUCAAACUACCCCAAUGAAAUGUAUUCGUAGGGAAUCUGCUGGUGUUUUUGUAAUGCAGGUUACAUCUCCAUUCUGGGGUGGGAAUGAUUUGUUGUCAUUGGUUGUAAAAGUCUUUCUGUAGACCUGCCGAACGAUACUUGCGCAGUGCUGAACUAUUUCAGUGAGUGGACAGUUUGUCCCUACCGAAAACCCAAACUAGAAGCAACUGACCCCUCCGACUGUACUGUAAAGCUUUCUAGCCUUGGGUGACCUUUCCACUUCUCUCGAGUAUCUCGCAGUAGGGCAGCAAGGCAAUAUCCAGUUAAUUGGUGCAGGCAAUCCUUUAAAAACUAGUAAUGCAACACAUCUCUCUAAUAUUAAGCUGACAUUCUCAUUGCAUGGUAGAACAUUAAUAAAAAAAACCAAAAAAAACAUUGGGGUCUCGACACUAAAUUCUAAAUUUGAAAAAGCAAAAUUGGCUUUCAUUCGGCUCACUUCUAUAGUAUCCAGUUAAUAACCACAUUCUUCUAAGAUUCACCAUAUUCAUCAUCAACCAAAUAACCGAAGUGGAUCGAAUGGAUCUCUGUUUCACAGUACACCUAGUUUAGUACAGUAAGAUUUAUUUUACUCUAGCUUCACAGAAUUGCAGCCAAAUGUCACUGCUGUAAGAAAAGACUAGCUUUAUAGGAUUACAGAUUUAAGAAGGGUUUUGGGUACCAUUAGGGUGACUUAGCUAACAUCUGUGACAAGCUAUUAACUACUGUUGGAUAUUUGGUCUUUAGUUGAAAGCUCGACUGGGAAAUCUGACAGAGGUUGGUGGAUUCACUUGUCAAUGGCUAUAUACGCUUUACAUUUUCUUUCCCCUCAAAACAGAGAAAAAAAUGACAUACUAAUAAUGUAUAAAUAAUGUUUUCAUUAUGACUUGACGUUUCCCAGUUUUGCAUAUUGGAAAUCAACUAUUUUAUACUUUAUUUGAUUGACUGUAAUUUCAAAAAAAAUAAACAAACAUGUUAAUAGAUAUUCAUGUCCUGUUGACUUUGUUUUAUAUUUUAUUUUAAAGAAGCUAUUCGUUUUAUCUCUUUGUUUCUUAGAUUACUCGGCUUUUUGGAAAACGUGGGGAAUAUUGUUUAUCCUCCUGGGAUUAAUAAUCAUUUCAGUCUUAGUUUACGUCUGUAUUUGCCCUUUCCAAAGAUACAUUAAGUAUACAUUCUACCCUUCGGGCAAACUUCCUUCGUGCAUUGGAAAGGUGAGUAGACUUUGGAAAUCACAAAAGUCUGAUAAAUGCACACAAUCACCCAUCACCACUUUUAUAGCUAUCAGGGAAUUCCAAAACCUUCUGCAUUUUAAAUCGCUUUAUAUAUUAAGAUAUUUCUGUUGGAUUUUAUUUUUCAGUUCUUUAACAAUUAUUAAUGCUUUGUUAAAAAAUUUAAGUAUAGACCCCACCAAGGAAAAUGUGUAUAAACUACCAGUGAGAAACAGGGGGGGAAACGUUCUCAAUUUGUCUGUAAAUUCCUCCCAAAACCUUGACAGCUCAAAUAUUUAAAGGGACACUGUAGGCACCCAGACCACUUCAGCCCAUUGAAGUGAUCUUGGUGCCAUCACCCUUAACCUUGCAAGUGUAAUUAUUGCAGUUUUUAUAAACUGCAAUAAUUACCUUGCAGGGGUUAAGUCCUCCUCUAGUGGCUGUCUACUAGAGGGACUUCCGGGUUCCUAGACAACUCUUGGUCAUCUAAAUGACCCUGGACAUCCUCACGCUAUGCAUGAGGACCUCCACCGUCGCCAGAAUCCCUAUAGGAAAGCAUUGAUUAAUGCUUUCCUUUGGGUAGAUCUAAUGCGCACGUGCUGCCAUUGCCGCGCAUGCGCUUUAGGUCUCCCCGCCAUGUUGGCUCGGAAUGAGCGUUGGCAGAGCCUUACCCAGCGCGGAGGGACAUCGGGCUGGAUUCAGGUAAGUGACUGAAGAGGUUUUAACCCCUUCAGCGAUGUGGGAUGGGGGGGCAGGAGGGAGGGGGGCACUCCAGGAUUCUACAGUGCCAGACAAAGGGGUUUGUUUUCCUGGCACUAGAGAAUCCCUUUAAGAACAGACGUAAAAUAAGAAGGAAAAAAAAAAAGGGGGCAUAAAAAGUCCACGCAUUUAAAGGGCUACUCUACUGCCACAAUACAAAAUAAAUAAAAAUAACUGUUUAGUAGCUAUACGCUAAAGUAUAACUUGCAUGCAUUUUAUUUCAUUGGGAGAUAAAUAUAAAACGGCUUGCAAAAUGUGCAGUUCUCGUCUGCUGUUUUUGCAAGCCCUCCCCUUCUAACCCCGCCCAGACUUUCUGUGGUUGUCCAAUUACAGACAUAUCUAGCAGUGGCAGCCAUCUUGCCUUGAUUUGUAUGACUAGCAUUUUGUGUUAACUCCAGUGAUUCGUCCACUUCAGGAGUAGUUGUGAGUACAGGGGUGGUUAAUGUAGGGGUAUUCAACUCUGCGUUUCCAAGGCUUUUGGACUGCAGCUCCCAUAAUUCUUCACUAACCUAUGCCAAAAAUUAAAAGGGGUUAUAUUUAUAUGUACAGAUAAAUUAAAUGAGUUUAUUUAAAGGGACACUGCACUUCCCAAAUACAAAAAACAAAAAAAACUACUGUUUAGUAGGCAUACCUUCAAUGAAAAUAUGCAUGCAUUUAUCAUUUGUGCUAUAUCUACCAAGAAGUCGCAGUUUCUUAUCUGUAGUCUUGGCAAGCCCUCCCCUUAUAACCCUGCCCAGACUUUCUGUGGCUGUCCAAUCACAGACAUUCCAAUGCAGCUCAAUGAGACGUCUUUGCAUGGCAGGUGCUCUGUGCAAUUUCCUGCCUCUUGAGUUUCUCCACUGAGCUAUCCAAACCAGUAAGUAACUAGACGGGUUGUCUGACUGUCAGUGUUUAACCAUGUUAAUCUAUAAAAGUUUUAAUUUAUUUUGAAAUCUGCACUUUUUGUAAAAGCAAGCUAAGGUGCCUUAGAGGUCUGCAGUGUCCCUUUAAAGUACAAGAUUAGAUAUCUACAAGUCUUGUUAUUAUGAAGUGUUACUCACACCACACUUAAGUAAAGGUUCAUUAACGGACUACAGAUACCGUUUGGCUGAGUAGGCUUAAAGGGAGUUGCAGUCGGCUUUAUCUAUAGUUUCAAAGAUUGCCCAGCCUUGACCGUGAGAGCAGAGUGUUUAGUUUAAUGUGCACAGUUUAAUCUUGGCUAAAUUGUGUAUCCUUCUAGGAUAUCCCUGACUCCCCAUUCAACACAACGAACAACGUUUUAUUAUUGCAUGAAGAAGAGAUAACAGACAUAUGCUUCAUAACUGCACAAGAAAAAGGGGUCGAAGAGUUUGACAAAUAUGAAAAGAUAUCUGAUGAGAGCUGUAGAGAUUCGGGAAACUAUUCGAAUGAGGAGGAAACCACUGGAAACACAGAUCUGUGCACUAGCUGAACUCUGCUCUACAAAUAUUAGUCUGCACACCAUUACAGUUCAUAACUGACUGUAGAAAACCUGUUUUGCAUCCCUUUUGAGGAUGAAUGACUUGCCACACUUGAUAUGGAGAGGGAUUGACAUAACCACUAGUACCUAAGGAGGGAAGCAUUUUUUUAUUAUGUAUAUUUGGACUAGUCUCAGACGAGGCUCUUCCACUGUCUUUGUAAAAAGAUCAGCAGUGCUUGUUUUAACCUUGUGACUGCCUAGAGCAGUGUGAAAAACAUCCUGCUGUGAGACUGCUCCGAACACCACCAGGUGAAUGUUACCCGACCCCUUCUGAAUGCACCUAGAUGCAUACAGUGUCUGUUUUAGAGGGUUUUACUGGAGUGACUUUUUAAGUGGCAUUAUCACUCACUGGUGGUUAUUCAUGCACUUACCUUAUUUAUUUCACUAGGCUAUGACCAACGUGUUUGUGUUUUUUUUGUUUGUUUUUUUGGGGGGGAAACUCAACUCACCCCCCAAACCCUCCCUCUAGAACUGUAUACUCUAGGUUAAUUACUGUGGCCCUCACUCACAUAUACUGCACAUUACUGUUUACAUGUUCAUUCUGCGGAGCUCUGAUGCACAGACAGAUCAGUGUGAGAAAGAACUCUGGUCUGCAUGAGAGAAAGUCAGACGAUGGUUAUCAUGAAUGGAGGCAGACGCCUUGGAAUUGCAUCACAGCCUUUAAACCGUCAGGGACGGUUACAGGUUUAAAAGGAUGAUGGUAGCAUGUGUCGACAGUCCAUGAGAAUAUUUGAAUUAUUUAAAAGUAAAGCUGUAUGCACAAGUUGGCAAAGAAGGAGGCACUGUCAGCCCCAGGGGAUAAGGGGUGCACAGAGCACCCCAUUCCUGUCCAAGCAAGCACCUGACUACCAGCACAUUGCUGAUGGGGGUGGCCUGCUCUGCCGCUGUGCUGUCAGUGGCUGUGGUGUGGACACCAAGAGUUCUGCUGGGAUCUCUCUCUCUGCAGUGACUUCUCGUCUCUCUUGAGCACCCUGUAAUGAUGCUGGAGCUGGGCAAUCGGUAUAGUCCCACUGGACCACAGGGAUGAGGUUUCUCCCAGCUAUCCUUGUCAAGAUAAGAAAAGGGAGGGAAAAAAUGAAAAUUGUGUUUGUGUAUGAGUCUGUGUGUCUUUUUACCAAUAUGUGUGUGUAUUUGUGAAUCUGUGUGUGGUCAUGUCUAAAUGAUUGUGAGUAUGUGUGUGUAAUUUUUCUAACAAAAGGGUGUUUGGGGGUGGGGAAUGCAUUGCGAGACAAAAAAAAAUUCUAGUUGGGGAGGAGGGGGGGAUUUACUUCUGCCCCCAUGUUCCUAAGGUACAUCUCUGCAUAUGAACCCUUCAUUAUGUUUUUUGUGUGUGUUUGUUUUUGUUGGUUUUAUAAUGAAUACAAGGGGUAGGCAGUUUUGAAUGGGAUUAUUCAUAGAAAUGAUAUGACAGUGCCACUUUUCUUGUCUGUUCAGUUGAGUUUUGCAAAAUGUAUCAUUCUACCAUUGGCUAACCAAAGUCUGGAUCACUUAGCACCAUGUGCCUGAAGAAAUAUGCCAGGUUUUUAUGCUUUUAUAAAAAAAAUAAUCUUGUAGAAAUAACCCCCGACUUUCUGCAGACAUAUGAGCUUUUUAUAUUUAUAAAGUGCAAUAUGGUCAACAUUUCCGUCACUAUUCAGGCAUUUUAAAGAAGCUUUGUUACCCAAACGUAACUUUCCUUCUCUUCCUGUCCACAAAUCUGUUCUGUUUUUUUUCUCAAAAUAUAUAAGGAAAAGUAGGGGCUACUUUGUCAAGCUGAGGAAAAAUACAUAUGGCAAACAAUGAAGCUUAAAGGGACACUAAAGGCACCCAAACAUCUUAAUCUUAAUGACGUGUUCUGGGUGUAGUGCCCCAGUGUCUUUUGAAGGCUGCAGUGUCAAAACAUUACCAUUCGGUAGUAAUAAUGUUUAUAUUGCAGGGUUAAAAUGCCUUUUUAGAGGCGCUACUUCUGCUGUGAACGAUUAAAACUUUGUUAUGGAUCAAAUGCUCCUCCUAGAGCAGAACUUGACUGGAGCAGCAUUUUGCUGCACAUGAACCCUAGCCUAGUGAUUGACUGAAAACAUGAACAUUGAUCUCAGCCAAAGAGGCAGAGCGACAAUGAGGAGAGCAGCACAGCGAGGCCUGAGAAGUCAAUAAUACAUUUCAAAUAUUCACAUAGGUCUCAGGACACUAGAACAUUAGGAAUACAUACUAUUCUUAACACUAUACAGUAGUGUUCCUUUAAGGCAAGUUCUACAUCCUUUGUCAAGUUCAAUUUUCUUUGCAUACUUACCUGCCCGUAGCUUCUUAAUGUUAUUAUGUUAUUAUUUAUAUAGCGCCAUCAAAUACCGCAGCGCUUUACAAUGGGUGGACGAACUGACAUGUACUUGUAACCAGACAAGUUGGACAUACAGGAACAGAGGGGUUGAGGGCCCUGCCCAAAGAGCUUACAUGCUAGAGGGAGUGGGGUAAAAUUACACAAAAAGGUAAGGAUAGUUAAUGUUGAAUCGUUUCUAAAUGUUCUCAAAUUUCUCAAUGUUUUAUCGUUGGCCAGCGGGUAUUAGCGGAGAAAGGGCAGAACAAUGCAGAGACGACACGUCUGGCGCUGAAAUCAAAGGCAAUUUUAAAGGUAAAAACUGGGGACCAGUUGCCAAACCACUAGAGUGGGUACUUUAGGGAUUACAAAAAAUUGAGUGGCCAAAAAAAGAAACAAACCCUAAGCCUGUCAUGGUGAAAUCCCUCCUGAGUGUGCGAUGGUGUGGGGGUGAAGUUAAAGGUUAUACUUACAUGAAGCUCUUCCUUGGGUGCUGGUUUUAUUUCGUCCACUAGGAGCCUGCAUCGCUGCUGUAUUCUUGUGCAUGCAUGAUAUCGGUACCAAAGCUCGCAACGUGCAAGAACAUGCCUAUUUGAUACAUAUAUCACUAGCCUCGACUGUAGGAAUUGACAAAAUUAUCUGCAGAAGUUACAACUUUUAUUAAGUUUAGACAAUGUCCUGCUUGAGCAAAAGACUCGCUACUUUGUCUUAUCUAUUCUGAUUGCUUUGGAAUUUUUUUUGAAAUUUUAGCCCAGUCAACAGGAGAAUUACAAGAUUUUCUUUCUGAAUCCUCUGGUGACAGAGCUGCUUUUAGGCAUCUUCAAUUAUUUAUAAUUACACCACUAUAUUCAUAUUUUUGUACUGAGUAACUAGUCCGCAAAUGAGCAGAUGUUCUAUGGCUGUUGAAAACAUGAAUUAUGAAUACAAAUUUUGUACUAAAUUAUGUACAUUAGAUGGUUUAUAAUGAAUUUUAUAUUUUCUUGUUAUGUUGUAAUAACUAUUUUAUAGUUCUGUUGUUGGGGGUUGUAAAUUUUGACCCUGCACCUAAGUGGUGCAUUUUAAUAAUAAAUGUAAUGGUUCACCGAGAUAGCUGUAUGCAGUGGCUGCCCACUGUCUCUGUAUAGGAGUCUGUAUACGGCCUUAUUGCUUCUUCAUAUAAUGGACUAGCUAUGGCACUAAGUCCUAUUACUCUCAGCAAUGUUUUUCUUCAAUUUCAUAUUCUGCACAUGUCCUGUAACAUGACAAAUGUUAUCAAAUUUUGUGUACUGUAUGUUGCAUUUGUACAUCAUGUUUGUGCAGCUGUGGACUGAAACCAUGGUCUAUAAAGGAACAAAAUGUGUUUUUUUUUAUUUUAUUUUUUUAAGGGAUACUCCGGGCGCCGUAACCAUUUCAUCUGAAUUAAGUUGUUAUGGUAUAAAGAGGUUCCCAGGCACCGACUUACCUUAAGGUUAUUGAAAAGUCUAACCCCACAGUCUUAAAUCUGGUGCCUGUCCGUUUUGCAAAGCUUCUCCUAUUGCAGUCCGAGGUUUGAAUCGGGAAACCUUGACCUUUGACCCGCUGAGAGUGUUGGCUGAAUCUCUCAGCCUAUCAGGAGCUUGCCAUUCACAAAACUGAGUGAAAAAUAUGUGUUUAUUUUUAACCUCCUUCCAUAUCAAAUUAAUCACAGUUAAGUUGUUAUGGUGCCUGAAGUGUUCUUUUUAAUGCAAAUGGCACAGUAGCAAACAAACUGGUGUCUUGUAAAAAGUAAUUAGCACGUGUAAAUAGAUCAUGGUGUGUACAUUUAGCAAUAUUGUUAAACAGUAUUUGUAAAAAUGUGUUUAUUAAAACUAUACUGGGAGCAGUGUAAAAAUAAAAUCACAAUUUCAACUUAUGUUGUUUCGCAGUUAAAAAAAUAAAUAAAAAAUAAUAUAAAUAUAUAUAAUAUGCUAUUUUUAUUCCUUGCCAAACAAUGAUUGUAGAUCAUCCUCCUUUAGUACUUUGUCUCAAUAUAUAUAUUUUUUUAAAUUGGUUAGAAUUUUAGUGAAAUUCCAGCACAGGCAAUUUGAGAAAGAUAGAAUGUGAUGGCAGAUAAGAACCAUUCGGCCCAUCUAGUCUGCCCAAUAAAGAUUCUAUCUUGAUCAAAUACUAAUUUUGGGUAGUGGUGGU